UGUCGCGAGGAAGUUGGGUUUUUAUGUCCACGCCGGUUGUCGCUUCUCGCAAGAUUCGUGUAAAUCACGGAAACGCCUCUCUGCGGCUAGCGUACGCGACACGUAGAGUUGACGCUCAGAGGUCGGGGAAGAUAUUAAGGAGAAAGAUUGCAAGCUCCUUGAUUUAUCUUCCCAUGGCGAUGGCACGGAGGUCGAGUCUCUUGUGCGUGGCGCUGCUCGUCUCCUGCUUGGUCAACCUCUUCUGGCUCCAAAGGAACUCGGACGACACCUCGGACUCCUCCUCCACGAGGUCCAUCCGGGGGGAGGCUCCUGGUUCGAUGUUCAACAUCCGUAGGCGUUUGGAGAGCGAACCGUACACGGAACAGUUGAACGACAUCGAGAGGAUGGUGGUGAAGAUCCUGCAAGAGAUGAAGAGCGCCAGGAAUGCGCCUCAGGCGGCAGCGGGGCCGGGCGGCAGGGACCCGCAACAGGAGCAGCAGCAGCAGCAGCAGGAGGAGGAGGAGUGCGAGGGGAACGAGUUUGUGGCGCGGCCUGAGCUGCCGCUCUUCAAGGAGUGGGGGGGGCAGCUGCCCCGCGAGAGGCGCGCUGCGUGCGCGCGCUUCCUCGCCUACGGCUACAACGCCUACCUGAGCGACCGGCUGCCCCUCGACCGCGACGUGCCUGACAACCGGCCUCCCGGCUGCAGCUCCAAGCGGUACCCAUCGGAGCUGCCGGGCCUCAGUGUCAUUCUCAUCUUCUACAACGAGGCCGUCUCCAUCCUGCUGCGCGCCGUCACCUCCGCCGUGCGCAACACGCCGCGCCACCUCCUCAACGAAGUCAUCCUCGUCGACGACUGCAGCGACUUUGCCGACCUGAAGGAAUCAUUCGACGUGCAGAUUGAAGAGCUGAACCACAAGUACCCGGAGGUGUCCAUCCGCCUCGUCCGGCACGCGUCCCACAGGGGUCCGAGCGCGUCGCGCGUCACCGGCAUCCGGGCGGCCAAGGGGCCUGUGGUGGCCAUUAUGGAUGCCCACGUGGAGUUCCCUGUCGGUUGGGCUGAGCCGAUCCUGGCACGGAUCCAGGAGGACCGCCGUGUGGUGGUCUCCACGGUGUUCGACAACACGCACUACGACACGUUCGUCGUAAACCGCUACGAGUCACAGGCACAGACGUUCACCUGGCAGCUGUGGUGCAACUACAGAGAGCCCCCCCUCGACUGGAUCACCAACAAUGACCCCACGGCCCCCAUCAGGAGCCCGAUUGUGAUGGGCUGCAUGGCGGCCAGCAAGAGCUACCUGGAGGAGAUCGGCUUUCUGGAUGAAGGCAUGCAGGUGUACGGAGGGGAGAACGUGGAGCUGGGCCUCAGGGUGUGGCAGUGCGGGGGCCGCGUGGAGGUGCUGCCCUGCUCGCGCUUGGCUCACAUCGAGCGCUACUUCAAGCCGUACGCCCCGGACCUGAGCAUCCACAUGCGCAGGAACGCGCUGCGUGUGGCCGAGAUCUGGAUGGACGACUACAAGAGGAACGUUUACUUGGCCUGGAAUGUGCCUAUGAAUGGCUCCGGGAUCGACAUCGGCGACAUCUCGGAGCGCGUGGCUCUGCGCAAGCGGCUCAACUGCAAGAGCUUCGCGUGGUACCUGGAGAACGUGCUGCCCUCACUGCCACGUCACGACGACAUCGUGCAGUACGGCGUGGUGGUGAACGAGAAGCGGAGGGAGCUGUGCCUGGACCGCGGGAACCCGGCGCUCAACACGCCCAUCCUGUACUCCUGCUACGGGUACCAGCCGCAGCUGGCCGUGAGGACCUCCUCGGGCCUCGUGAUGGUCGGCUUCAACGUGGAGCAGGCGAGCGCCGGCGCCGUGUGCCUGGGCACCACCGAGGACGGCGAGCGGCCGGCCCUCGUGGAGUGCUCCUUGGCAAUGGAACUCGGACGCUUCCUCAGCUUGCAGGACGGGCAGCUGAAGACGCACGAUGGAGCCAAGUGCAUGGAGCUGAGUGAUGAUUUGGCGGAGCAUCCCGGCAGUGUCCUCCUCGUGCUGCGGCCCUGCUCCGGACAGAGGUGGAGCCUCGCGAUCUUCCACAAGAACACGUAGUCCAUCACGUAGUCCGUCACAUAGUCCGUCACGUAGUCCAUCACGUAGUCCGUCACGUAGUCCGUCACGUAGUCCGUCACGUAGUUUGUCACGUCGUCCGUCAUGUGCGCACACUUCCAUUCAGUGCGCAGUUUCUGUUCCUCCACCACCACCCUCCCCCCACCCCCCUCCAAUAUCGAUCGGCGUUUAGUACCGUUAUACCGGGCUCGCGUUUUGUUGCAAUAAAAACUUUGAAAGAAAACACACAGACCAUCGUGAAAAGAAAAAAAACCUAAACUAUUACAACUAUUUUUUAUUUGACCAGGUAAGGCCCCCACACUGAGCUAUGUAAACUCAUUUUUUCAGAAGCGAGCUGCCCAUAUCACAAAUGAUAGCCGCAAAGAAGUGGGUUAUCAUCAUCAUCGGGUGGAGAUGUAUAGCAGCAGCCAAAUAUUCUAAAAGUGUGAUGUUGAUUCUAAAUGUGGAAGGGAAAACCCGGAGUAGGACCCGGAGACAAAUCCACGCGACCACCACGGAGAGAGAGAGAUGCACUAAAUUAAAAUCUACAGCAGGCGUCAGGGGUCGGCAUAGACCCCACGACCCUCCUGCAUACCAGGCCGAGGUAGUUAACAUCUCCGAGCCACUGUGAACGUUUAAACAACGUUCAGCGCCGAACUUCCCAGGCACGUAGUUGGUCGGAACCCCCUGUCACGCUUAUUUAGAAACUCUUACGCAGUUUCUGUUCCUCCACCCCACCCUCCCCUCCAAUGUCGUUCGGCGCAUUGUUCUGUUCAGCGUAUUGUUCCAAUCGGCGUAUUGUUCCGAUCGGCUUAUUGUCUUGAUCGGUGCAUUGUACCAAAUAGCGUAUUGUACCAAUCGGCUUAUUUUACCGAUUGGCGUAUUUUACCGAUUGGCGUAUUUUACUGAUCGGAAUAUUGUACCAAUUGGUAUAUUGUACCGAAUGGUGUAUUGUACCGAUCGGCAUAUUGUACCGCGCUCGCGUUUUGUCACAAUUAAAAACUUUAAAAUAAAAUACGCAUGCGAAAAAUAAGAAUAGGUUUUUACCCUUUUUCUGGCAAUAAUACCAUGCGAAUAUUGUGGGUUUACUCUCCAACACACAGGUGUGCUUGACUAGUAACGAAUUUGACACGUUCUGUUUACUUGACAAACCUUACUCAUUGUCUGUGUGGGGUGGUGGCAGGUUUAACGACACAUUUAUAUGUAAGCAAUCUAACCCAAACAAACCUCUGAAUAAAACAAGAGUUGUGUUAAGAUGUUGAAUUACCAAAGAGAUAACUACUGCACAUCACCCGUGUGGUUCUGUAGCUUAUACAGAGUUGAUGCCUUGCAAAAAAGGUAUCGAUUCGGUGUUUGCACAUCUUAACACAACCCGUGUCUUAUUAUUAUUGCAAGAAAGUGAUAAAGCCGAUUCUUAGUUUCCAUACUUUGAACUUGGCACGAAUAGGUCCCCAGUUAUUCUCAUUUCACCGUCACGAAAUCGUAGAUGAUUUAUUUUUUUUGGGCUGUGAAUCUUCACGUCCAAACUUUUACUCAACAACUAUUUACGCAAGGCGGGGGAGAAAACUAAAAAUCGAUUUGCCAACAUCGCCCCUCCCUUCUGGAAAACC